AGCCCUUCUCCUCCCACCUUCACCACCGGCACUUGCGUGGACGUCUCCAUUUCUGGCACUCCUCUAAGGGCCCUAGCAUCUCAUCCGCAUGCCUCUGGGAUACACUCAUAUUUUGGUGGUACUCAUAAUGGCCCUGCAAUCCGACUAGUCAUGUCCCCACAGCCAGGUCCCUCAUCCAGGUACUCAGGCAUCAUUCUCCAAUCCAGCUGCUUUUUCUGGAUCAGCGUCCUCAGCGUGGACGUGGCCCGUUACGGUCCGCGUGUCAAAGGGUUAAGGUCGCGAGGGUCGAUAUAUCGACUCUUCCAUCACACAUCGCUGCUGCUGUAGAUCGUGCCUAUGGACAUCGUCCACUGCAGCAGCUACAGCCAUAAAGUCCGACGACGAUCCGUAUAUUUACAACGGGCCCUUUUCAUGGUGCUGUUGGUGCUAAUGCGAAUGGAUCAUCGGAGAGUGCCAUGCAAGUGGCUUCACUCGAUAUGUCGUUUGAAGAUCUUCCAAAUUUUGCAACAUCCUCGAGCGUUCCCUUUCUCAUCCGCUUUGCCCUAUUAUCUCCGACUACGGGGAGCCUUUGUUCGGAUUUAGUCUUGCCUGGUUUUAGGCUUUGGCGAUCUUCAGCGUCGUUGUGAUUGGGGCACAUGGCGAAGGUGCUGAUUGGGAUUGAAUAUCUUUCACUGCCGUUCACUGUACUACACAUAUAUCAUCCCAUCUCUAGUAUGUAGUUAUUUGUGUGGCUGUGAUCUUAGUCCAGAGGGUUCGUUUCGGGCCGCAUUCGGCAAAUCUCGCUGUUCCCCCGCAAGUUGUGCUGCACAAAGUCGACGUCUGCCCCACCAAUCGCCAUCCUCUUUAUUGCUCUUUACACGUCGCCGUGAAGCCGACUGCCGAGGGAUGCGAUGCCCAGACUAGUCCACCCACCCACCACGCUGCGCAAUCGCAAUCGAAUCACCAACAAAUAUCGCCUGAAAAUCAUUCAUGGAAACAUCGACACGGAUCCUGUUAUACCAGAUGAGGACGAUGAGAAGAACCGGUCGAACUUGGCGGUUGCAGGUGUUGACCAGGAGGAUGCGAAUGAACAUCAUCUCCUCGCCGUCCUUUCUGAGGCACAACGUACUUAUUCGUCAUCGUCACCGCGAUCAACCAGAAAUGCACACGAAAAGAAGCCCUCAGCUGCAACUAUCGCAUAUAUUCCCACCCCCGAUUCGACUGGAGUUGUCGACGGUUAUGAACUCCUGUACCCUGCCGAUCGUUGGAAGGACCCGGUCUCAUACGUGGCCUCGUCGUUAACGGUGGAAGACACAACCGACUACUCCCUUGCUCACGACUGUACAUACUACAUGGAUGAACGCGACAAGGAAUGGCUGGACAAGAACAAUGAAGAGGCUCGCGGCGAAGGGACUAGCGUACAAGGUGCCAUUGCAUCAACUUCUGGGAUGCGAGCCUCUGCUCGGAGCUCCAAGGCGAAAGGAAAGGAGCCUGAGCAGGGCCAGCCUGUCGCCCUCACUGAAGACGAAUUCGAACUCGUCGUUGGUCUAUUUGAACAAAUUACCCAUGAGAAAACAGAGCAUCUCCAUUUGAGUCUGGGCGGCAUGCCAUUCCCAGCAUUCUCCGAAUACCAGGACGCUUUUUCUUCCACCCUUCCUGCCUCAAGAUUCGAUUCCUUCGUCGUCCCUUCCUGGCUCCCCUCUCCUUCCAAUCUGGUUCGGAUGGCCCGCGCUGUCUAUCCUCACUGGAAAGAACGGAGACUGGAACGAGAAGGACGUCGAAUCAUGCCAAUGCUCAAUGGUGACGAAAACGAUCUUCCUAACGAAUCUUAUGUCUGCUUUCGGCGGCGAGAAAUCAAAGCGGUUCGCAAGACCAGGGCUCAACAAACUAGUUCUUCGGAGAAGUUUCUGCGCCUGCAAGGGGAAUUUGCGUAUCCAUUCGAUUUGGCUCAGGCCGUAUUGGCUCGCGAGAUGCUCAAAGCUGAAAGUGCUCGACACUCACAAAGCGUAUGGGAGAAGCGGAUGGCUGUGGCUGAUGUCAAGCGGAAGUUUCCGACUCUGGUUGAGAAAGCCGAUGAAGAACUACUGCAUGACAAGGAGCGUCCUUCGAAGAGACAAGAAACGUCACGCGCGGCCGGUCUCAAACUGCGCACUCCGCAUGAAUCAACCAUUCCUGCGCCGAGGCCCGAGCCCAUGAUCAGACCACAUGCAAGAGCAGCGAUGAUUCAGAGCAGGAUUGAGAUCGAGUUGAGUCGCCAGAAAGAUCAUGGCUGGGACGAUGGUGUCAGCUCCUCAUUCCAAGCACCUCCUGUGCCCAUUUCGUCGCGCUCAUUCAAGUUUGGCGCUGGGACUGGACACGCGCUUAGCCCCUGUGCCGUGCGGCUACGCCGUGGCCGAGGUGGUCGUAUGCUUGUGGAUCGACGCCUCGCUGCUCCGUAUUCGCCUUCCACUCUGCGGAGCAGUCGGUCCUCCCUUUUCCGGUCACCACACGACAACGACGAAGAAGAUCCAGAGCUGGUCCGGCGCUUGGAGGAGCGAUGGCGGUUUGACGCGGAUGAUUGUCCAGACGGUUCAGAUGAGCAAGAUCGAGUCCUGGUCGAUGAGUUCGAUGCCAAAUAUCUGCGCCAUUCCGGGUGUUUGUUGACAGACAAUGACCAGCAAGGCCUCAACACAGAUACUACCUUGCAUUUCAACUCAGCAGAGGGUCGUGAGAUCGUCACCGUACCGGGUUUUAAGCUGGGACUCCCUCAUUUCCCUCGUCAAGCCAGUCAUGGGGUGCUACGUUCGUAUCCAAUGAUCUCACAGCAGGGCCUUGUCAACGGCACCCCGAUUGCGAAUCAGGUCAAGAAGAUGGCAUCGAUGGGCAGUCACCAACAUCUCCGAAUCUCAGCGAACGGGGGGAUGCGACCACCCAGUUUGCCCCCGAGUCAGUCUGGACAAACCUCUCCUCAACCGGCGACGCCGAAUCCUGUUCGAGCCCCGAUCACCGUGCCCCAUCUCCAGGUCGAAUCCGUUCCAGACGGGUUGAUUCCUACCCAUAGUCCUGCAGAAGCUGCGAACAUUCUGCAACCACAUACGUCUGAGACGACAAAUAACAUGAAUGGGAUGAAUGGUUCUGGUGUUCCCACUCGGCCAAAGUCGCAGAACACCCAUCUCCCGAGCAACUAUCUAAUGAUGAAUGGAACCAUGACCAACGGUGCCAUGAAUGGAUAUCUGGCGAACGGCUCUCCGUACCUUGGCUCGACGUCCAGUCUGAGCAUACAACAGAUGCAGAACCUCAAGUCCGCAUUCGCAAAUACCCACAGCGGGAUGGAUCCACACACUGUACAGAACAACAUCAGCCGACAGCCGCAGGUCGCAGUGCCGGGAUACAAUGUUCACGCAGGCACGUUCAAUAUGGCCAUCAAUCCGGGAACCAACAUCAACCUCAAGCUUCCUCCCAAUCGGCAGCUCAAUUGGUCCGCUCCGAUGCGACCGAAUUCGGCUAAUGGCCUGGAUCACUCUGCCCUGAGUGCUGCUCUGAAUGGUGCUAUGAACGGCAUGGGCAAUGGCAUGGGCAACAUGCACAGCAUGUCCAUGAAUGGAAACGGGAAUGUCAUGAGUGGGAACCUUGUGAACGGCAGCAGCUCUUUAAACGGUGCGAUGGGCAUGACCCUCCCCGGGUCAUUGUCCCCCACUCCCAACCACCACCCCGUCCCAGUCCGAACACCAUCUGCGAACGGUUCCCACAAUGGGAUGUCGAUGUCGAUGUCGCCGCCGCACAUGCAGCUUUCGCCUUCUCCCCACCUCCACCACACUCCGUCGCCCAUGCAAUCUCCUCCGAGGCAACACAUGGCCCCCAUGCAGCUCGGUUCGCCAGCUCUCACUCAUCAGCAACCUGUUGGAGGUUUUCAGAAUGUCUAUUGAAUCAUGCGCUCACCUAUCCUUACGAAUAUAUUAAAGAUACCCCCACUCUGUUGCUGCUUGAACAUGUAUUCAUUUGUACCAUAGAAUUUCUACGCAGAUCAGAAACCAUAACGUGACUGCUAUUUCCUUCUUGCCUCUUACCAUGUCGUCGCGUCCUGAACUGACGUCUUUGCCUUCUGCCACUGCCGUACCCAAACGUCGCACGAGACUCCUCAACUCCACAUCUCCUGCAUCGGCGCGCCGUGCAUCUGUGUCGGGGGGCGUAGGGCAAAAGGCCCUGCGGACAUCAAAGACUUCCCAGAAACUAGUCGUCCUUCCCUCGGCACCCCAGACUAAGCCUCUGCCGGAGGAUGAAGACCCCGCGUUUGGGUACGAAACUGACGCGGGGGUACGUGAAUACAAGAGCUCAGCUGAGCGCAUGACGAAGGAGCAAAGGAAACGCGCGGGGCACAAACGCAUCACCGUGUAUUGCAUCUGCGAAUCAUUCAAGACGAAGCUAUUGAGUUCUUUCCUGAAAAGAGAGCACAACGUCGCGCCGAGAGUGUUUGACGAGGCGCUCUAUGUCAUGUACCACUUGCCCUUGUUACCUGGAUAUGGGCCGAACGUCAGCCUCAGGUCAUCUCUGGUGCACAAAUCUCGGAUGGCGAGGUCUAUUCUGACGCGUCUGUCGGAGGCAGAAGAGGACGGAUACCAGGGGACAUAUUUCCCACCUCAGCACUCGCCCGAGGCUCAUCCCGACGGAUACAUCAGCUCCUCUUCCCCGGUGUUUUCGAGGCCCCACUACUCGGCUUCUCACGAAGUGCAUGCUUCUGACGCGGAUACCGAGGUGGAGCCUAUUCAUGCCCCGAGUAUCAGUGUGGGCGAGAUGUCCGCAGGCGAAAGUUUGCCGACUCCAUACUCGGACGAGAUCCCUCGCAGCGAACAGCUUCCCUCGUCGUCAUUUCAAGAUGAGGAAGUUGCGGAGGCUGUGUUCUUUGCGUAUGGCGUUGUUGUCUUCUUUGGUUUCGAAGAGGCGCAAGAACGGAGUAUUCUUGAGGAUCUCGAUGUCGCCGGGAUCAUGAAGAAGAAAAUUCCGGAAGAUGACUGGGAGAUCGAGGAAUGCCAUUUUGCUCAUGAUCGACACAUCGCCUAUCCGCGGAUCUAUAAUGAUUUCUUUACGCUGAAAUCUCGUUCUCAUCUGCUGAAGCUCUCGAUCGCGCACGCACUUGCUCAAUCAACGCUUCUAGCCCACUAUGAGACCACGGCGCAGCGGGUUCUUUCGUCUCCUCAGACUUUGUCUAUUCCUCAACAGCUGGCAACUUCCGGUGCUCUGCAGCUCAAACGCCGCGAGGCACUCAAGUUGACUGGCAGUUUGUUCAAAUUGAGGCAAGACAUCAAUUUGGUCAGUAAUGUGUUGGAUGUGCCCGAGCUGUUCUGGAGCGAGGCAAGUUUGAAAGAGUUGUAUGAUGCUGUCAGGGAAUACAUGGAGAUCAAGGGCCGAGUCCAGGGGCUGAACGAGAAGCUAGGCGUCGCUAGUAGCUUCCUCGACGCGAUCCAUGACCACCUCAACAACUUUGCGAUGGAGCGCAUUACUUGGAUCAUCAUCUGGUUGAUCGUGGCUGCCAUUCUUGUCGAGAUGGGUGAGGUAUUGGCGCGUCUCAUCGUCCAUGCGACAACUAGGCAGUCAGUAGCUGUUCCAGCCUCCUUAACCAGGGAGGAGGUGCUGUUGACCUUGGAGCGGAUGAUGAAUGCAGGCAGUAGCAAAUGA